AUGACAACAAGAUUUCAAAUAAUAUUUUGCCUCUGUCACUGGCUAUCGAGUCAAUAUGGGUCGCAAGAAAAAUCCGCGGCAGGAGUCAGGAGAUAUGGAACCAAGAGUAACUAUUCUCAGAAAGACUUAGAUGAGGCUUUAGAUAAAAUAAAGACAUGCAAAUUGCCUCAAAUGGAAGCUGCAAAUUUGUUUAAAAUUCCAAGAAGUACUUUGAAAUAUAAAUUGAAAGGACAGCAUAAUAAACUUGUUGGAAAGCCAAUAGCUCUUUUAGAAUCUGAAGAGGAACUUUUUAUAAGUCAUAUUGUGACUUUGGCCGAUCUAAGGACCCCAGUUGGAAUGAAUAUAUGA